GUCCUGUAUCCAGUGACCUUGUAGGUGGACCAGAAGAGGGCUCAAGGGGCCCAGGGCACUCUCCCACCCCAAGGCCCUUUUCUCCAUUUGCUCCUCCCUUGUCACUUCUACUCCGCCCCUUAGGGCCCUAAACUUCCUGGGCCGGAACUGGGCUUUUCCUGCCCCAGUUGAGGGUAGGGGCGGCUUUUGGCCUUAGGAGAGGAAAAAUGGAGUCCAGGAGAGCAGCGCCCGGGCCACCCAGCCAGGGCUCAGCUGUGGGCGCGGGGUCAGCCGCGGAGCUCGUGUACCAUCUAGCGGGGGCCCUGGGCACUGAGCUGCAGGAGCUGGCACGCCGGUUCGGGCCCAACGCGGCGGCUGGGCUGGUGCCACUAGUGGUGCGGGCGCUGGAGCUCUUGGAAAAGGCCGCCGUGGGGCCGGCGCCGGACUCGGUGAGUCACUGGCUCCUCCUCUUACCCCGGACAGCCAGCAGGCCCUAACCCCGACUCCCCCGGUUCCCCCAGCUGCAGGUGUCCGCGCAGCAGGCCGAACUGGAGCUGCGGCGGCUGCGCGAGGAGA